AUGCGAAAUAUGCUUUUUUUCCAUACUUCGAUGUUUCGAUUUUCAAGCAACAUUUAAUAAGACAGCAACGCUAUUUGUUUAUUGCAAUUAAGAAAGGCUUGCACCUUAUCAGCUCAUCUAAUAAAUGUAGAACAAAACAGUAUGUGCUGCUGAGAAGCGACCAAGGCGGCGAUGGCGACGGCUUCUGCGUUGAUGGAGAAAGUGCCGGUCAAGGAGUGGACGGAGGAGGAGAAGGAGGUCUCCGGAGAUGCAGAAGGCGACUGUGGGCUCCAUACAAAGCGGCGGCGGCGGCCCAGAUUAAGCAAUGAUGCUGCGGCGACGGCGGUUGAUGGUGCUGCCGAUGAGGAGGCCUCCGGCAGAGAAGAUAGCGUGAGCUUUUCCCUCGAGGAAGACCAAGGUACUAAAUUUUGUAGCUCGGAUGGCACCAAUUUGAAUUCAACAGAGCCAGAGUCUUUUGAUACCGGGAAAAAACUAGAAAACGGGAAUUCAGAAUUCACAGAUGUUUUGGAUGAUCUUCAAAGUGUUCCCAAGGAAGGAGAGAAACAGGAUUAUAAUCACAUUAAGAUGGGAAAUGGACCAAAUUCACACAUGGAUUCUGUAGUAAAUGUUGAAGAUGAAGUAGUCCCAGCUACUGAGACUGAACCGCAAAGUCAUGGGCAUAGUGAGGCUGAAAAGACGUUUAAAUUAGACGUUUCAGAGCUAGACCUUGAGAAGGUAUUAGAGGAGCAGGAAACUCAUGAUUUGUUUUGUCCUAAUUGCCACUCUUGCAUUACCAAAAGAGUAAUUUUACGCAAAAGGAAAAGAAGGGUUCAAGAUUUUCAAUAUGAAGAACGCCCUGAGAAGCUGCAUAUUAGACCAAAUAUUGUGGCUACUUCUACUGAAAUUGUAGAAACAAGUCAUGAUAGUGAGCCAGACGUAUUCAGAUGUUUAUCAUGCUUUAGCUUUUUCAUUCCAACAGAAAAUGGGUUUAAUAUAUUCCGGAUCUUCCGAAAAAGGGAGGAAAGUGUGGACGUGCAAGUUCCCAACAUUCAAUCCUCAGGACAAUCAUCUUCCAAGGAUGGGAGCCGGCUAUCUUCUAUUUUCAAAUCAGAGUCAAGUAGGAACAAAGAAAAUGAAGCAGUGCCAAUCCCGGGCGCUGUGCUACCAGUACAAUCUCCUAUUACUUCUAAUAUUGGAUAUUCUGGACAAAAGUACCCAACUUCUCUGGUUCUUUCUGCAUCUGAAACACAAAACUAUGCAGAAAAUGCGAAAUCCAAAAAUGACGGUGCAGCUCAAUUGCAACCCCAUCUUGAGAUUUCAUUUGGUGGGGAUCAUAAUCUAGAAGAAAAUCAUGGCAUUACAGCUUUACCAAUACCGGUACCUAAUGAAGUUGAAGAAAGUUAUGCAAGCAAUGGAAAGCUCCAUCCGGUAGCAGCAACUCAAUUUCCAAUUGUGCUUGAUGUAUCAUCUGGUGGGGAUCAAUUGCAAAAUGAAAGUAAGAACGCCCUAGCUCUACCUGUAUCUGAAGCUGCCAACGCUGGAGAAAAUUAUUCAACAGUUUUAAAGAUCAGUUCAGAUGAUGGUGAUAUCAUGCCAGUGAUCAUAAACAAGCCUCCUAUAUCAGGAGGAAUUGGUCAAAACAACCAUGAUUUUGAUGGAAUAAUACCGCCUGCUACUGUCUUCUUACCCCAUGCAGAUGAUGAUGUGAUUAAGCCUAUUGUAAUAGUUGAACCUUCUUCCCAAGGAACUUCUCAAAAGGAUCUAAGCAUUAGCAUUUCUGCUGCCCAGCCUACAGUAUUCCUACCUGUUGGUGAUGUGCAGAUUAGUGUUGGCAAUCAGAUAUUAGUGGAAACAAGAAGAGAAAAUGAAUGGGAAGUUCUAAAGAGUAUCGUAUAUGGGGGUUUGAUUGAAUCAAUUACCAGCCUUGGUGUAGUAUCAUCGGCCGCUGGUGCUAAGACCUCAACAUUGAAUAUUGUUGCCCUUGGAUUGGCAAAUCUUAUAGGCGGUUUCUUUGUGAUGUUACAUGAUCUUUCAGAACUCAAAAGCAGUGCAGCUGCAACUCAAAAUGAUGAGCGGAGUGGUCGCUACUGGAAGCUGUUAGGCAGAAAAUCAAACUUUGGUUUGCAUGCAACAGUAGCCAUAAUGUCAUAUCUAUUCUUUGGUCUGCUUCCUCCUCUCAUCUAUGGUUUCUCAUUUAGAGAAAGCGACCUAAAGGAGGACAAGACCAUUGCAGUUGCUUUCUCCUCACUGCUCUGCAUUGCUCUACUCUCUAUUGGAAAGGCUCAUGUGAGCGAACCAAAGUCUUAUAUCAAAACUUUCCUUUAUUAUCUUGGGCUAGGAUUCUCAGCCUCCGGCAUUUCCUAUGUAGCUGGGGUGCUGCUUCAUAGAUUCCUACUGCAGCUGGGUUUGUUUGAACAUGACGCUCCUUUGCCAUUGCCAUUGCCGCCGCCUUCCAUUGACCUUUUCGGUAUGAGCUCUGGACUAAGUUCUUGGGCAGCAGAGUAAGGAUGAAAUUAACUUGUUGAGGCUUCGUUUGGGAUGACUUUUUUUCUGCUUCUUAAAGCAGUUUUAUAGUGUAAAAAUUGAAUUUUUUGUACUAGAAAGAUGCUUUAAGAAGCAAAAAGAAAGCCGUCACAAAUGAAGCCCGAGUCUAAUUUUGUGACUUUAGCUACUGAGUUAGUUUAAUUUCAGUUUUGACGCCUUUGUAUGAAUGAUUAUGAGUCCAAAACCUUUUGGUGCCAUUACUGUUCCCUAAACCUUAAUUGUUGAUCCAAAAAUAAUAAAAAUGUAAGCAGUCAGCAUCUUCACCUGUUGCUGUUGGGAUGGAUUUU